AUGUGCUCGAGCACAUACGAGAACUCCGGUCUGGUCAUCAACACGCAGAAGACGGUGGGCAUGCACCAACCGCCACCCAACCCAGCCAAUCCCCCCAACGCGCUGCAAAUCAGCGUGAACGGAACCCAACUACAAGUGGUGGAGAACUUCCCGUACCUGGUCAGUACCCUCUCCCGCAACACCAAGAUCGAUGACGAAAUCGCCCACAGGAUCUCGAAAGCCAGUCAAACCUUUGGUCGGCUCAAAAGCACAGUUUGGAAUCGUCACGGUCUCCAACUGAGCACGAAGCUAAAGAUGUACAAGGCCGUCAUCCUGCCGACGCUGUUGUACGGAGCGGAGACUUGGACAGUGUACUCAAAGCAGGCACGCCGACUGAACCACUUUCACCUCAGUUGUCUUCGUCGCAUCCUGAGGCUGAACUGGCCGGAUCGAAUCUCUGACACUGACGCCCAGGGGCAGACGGGAAUCCUCAGUAUCUACACCAUGUUGCGACAAAUGCAGCUGCGUUGGAGCGGCCACCUGGUUCGCAUGGACGACGAGCGGCUGUCCAAACGACUUUUCUACGGAGACGUCGCGACGGGUUCUCGUCGUCAAGGAGGCCAAAUUUGGCGAUACAAGUAUACUCUGAACUCCUCCCUGAAGCGUCUGCAAAUCAACCCGACCAACUGGGAAGAGCUCGACAUCGACCGACCGACCUGGAGGAGGACAGUGAAAACAGGCGCUGCGAUCUACAAGGCCAACCGCAUCGCUGCCGCUAAAGUGAAACGCUAA